UCUUGCACCGUCAUGCUCAGAGACACAACCCUCGACUCAGCUCGCAUGUGUUGACCUCUGGGGUCAGAGCAUCGACCCGCUCGGGAAGGUCAUGACCCCAGACAUGGAGGAAACGGCCUCACUAAAACACUUGUUUAAAUGUCACGGACGACUGGCUGGUUACACGACACCAGUUCAGCUCUCCCCGUCGAAGAAGAGUGAACGAGUGCAGCUUCAGCCCUUUAAAGGUAAUGUGGUGGACAUUUACCAGCGGGAAUUCCUGGCUCUGAGAGACCGUCUUCACUCCGCCGAGCAGGAGAACCUCAAGCGCUCCAAAGAGCUGAACCUGGUGCUGGACGAGAUCAAGCGGGCCAUCGCAGAGAAGCAGGCGCUGCGGGACAUCAACCGCACCUGGAGCAGCCUGUCCGAUGAGACCAAGCUGAAGCUGUGGAACGUGACCAGCAGUAAGAAUGUUCUUCAGCUGCCCAGCAUCUUCCACCAUCUGCCACACCUGCUGGCCAAGGAGAGCAGCCUCCAGCCGGCCGUGCACAUCGGCCAGGGUCGCACCGGAGUGUCGAUAGUGUUGGGCGUCCCCAGUGUGAAGCGAGAGGUGCACACGUACCUGACGGACACGCUGAGCUCGCUGAUGUCCGAGCUGAGUCCGGCCGAGAAGGAGGACUGUGUGAUCGUCGUCUUCAUAGCAGAGACGGAUCAACAAUAUGCAAAUAGUGUUGCUGAAAACCUCAAGCGCCUGUUCCCAGUGGAGAUUCAGUCUGGGCUGCUGGAGAUCAUCUCUCCGUCUGUUCACUUCUACCCAGACUUCUCUCACCUCAAAGAGUCGUUCGGGGACCCUAAAGAGCGGGUCAGGUGGAGAACGAAGCAGAACCUGGAUUACUGCUUCCUGAUGAUGUACGCCCAGACUAAAGGAACCUACUACGUACAGCUAGAGGAUGACAUUGUUGCACGGCCAAAUUACUUCACCACGAUGAAGAACUUCGCCCUGCAGCAGCCGUCCGAGGAGUGGAUGAUCCUCGAGUUCUCCCAGCUGGGCUUCAUCGGGAAGAUGUUCAAGUCAUUAGACUUGCCGCUGAUCGUGGAGUUUAUGCUAAUGUUCUACAAAGACAAGCCCAUUGAUUGGCUGUUGGACCACAUCAUGUGGGUGAAGGUGUGCAACCCAGAAAAAGACGCGAAACAUUGUGACCGUCAGAAAGCAAACCUGCGCAUCCGCUUUAAGCCGUCCCUCUUCCAGCACGUCGGGACACACUCUUCACUCGCUGGCAAGAUCCAGAAACUCAAGGAUAAGGACUUCGGGAAGCAGACGCUUCAUAAGGGUCACGCUAACCCGCUCGCCGAGGUCACCACCAGCCUGAAGACGUACCAGCACUUCACUCUGGAGAAGGCCUAUCUGGGGGAGGACUUCUUCUGGGCCUUCACACCGGUGGCCGGAGACUUCAUACGCAUCCGCUUCUUCACACCCGUGCGUGUAGAGAGGUAUUUCUUCCGCAGUGGAAACAUCGAGCACCCCGGAGACAAGCUCUUCAACACUACAGUGGAGGUUCUUCCUUUCGACAAUAUUCAGUCCGAGAAAGAAGCACUGAAGGAGGGGAGAGAGAAGACGCCGAAGUACCAGCGCACAGAAGACGGCUUCAUCAGAAUAGGGAGGUUUGAGAACGGGAUGGCGGAGGGCGAGGUGGACUCUUCCUUCGGGCCGCUGGAGGCUCUGAGACUCUCAGUGCUGACCGACUCUCCGGUGUGGGUCAUUCUCAGCGAGAUGUUCAUCAAGAAAGCUGAGUGACUGAUGUUCAUCAACACCUGUGUGUGUGUGUGUGUGUUGAGCUCUCUCUGGUGCAGGACCUCGCUCCACACACACCGGUCCUGUAGCGCCACCCGCUGGACACAGCAGAGGACCACACACACACACACACACACAGACUGAUGAUGACGACGCUGUCUUUUCUAAGCUGUAUUUAUAUGUACAUAAGCUCACGGUUGAGUUCUGUAAUUACACUGGUCUGUCGUCACGGGCUCUGGACGCUCUCGCCCGUUUCACACACACACACACACACACACACACACACUUGGACUUCAACUAAUGCUGCUUCUGGGAUGGAGGACUCUUCUUAAUUUCCUACUCGAGAUUGAUUUUCAAACUUCAGUUUGUGUUGUACAUUAGUUGGCACAUGCUUCUGUUUAGGCUACUCCAAAUGGUGUGUAUUUAUUGUAUUUAUGAGGAUACAUGAAGAGUACACACACGCGCUAGAGAUGUGUUAGUUCUGCACAGGCGUGUGUUUCCACAGUCCGUCCGUAGCGAGGAAAGAGGAGUGUGUACUGUAACUAGAGUCUGCUGCUGAACUCUUCUUCUUAUAAUUAAAAUCUAAUCAAGAGGGAAA